AUGAGAAUUCCCGAGAAGCCCGCAACUUUUAACAGCCCCAACGCCGCAGAGCCGGAACCUCCCGCAUACAAUGACUUGCAACCGUCACGUACUGGGGAUGGGAAGCAGCAGCCACCUCCAGAAUACAGCCACAGCGAGUCUUCAAUAGCGCAGCCAUCAAAUCAUGUUUCACAACACCUACGGUCAUCGCGAUUCCCAACCCAAUUCAACGUCUACAUGCAUUUCAGCACGUUUUCUUUAGGUCCCCACGAAGACAAUAAACUCUUCACAGUCGUGCAAACUGGUUUGAGAAAACCCAUGAAGCUCAUUCAGGGCUCUGAGAAGAAAGCAUCUCCGCUUUCAACACUCAAGAUGAAAGGUAUGGGAAGUACCUCGAACUUGACUAUAUUCCCACACGAUGGUGGCGAGCUUAUCUAUCCGCUGGAAAUCACUAUCGAGAACCACUCCACAAGGCACUGCUUUUGCAUUGGCCUGCCCAACAAAGCCCCUCAAUACUUUGAAUGGCGCAGCUCCAAGAGCGAGGAGGUGCAGGCAUUGGGUGCGUACAAGCGCGGCUGGAAGCUCGUCUGGCUACGGAAAGACGGAAGGAAAGAUGAAAUUGUCGCCGCAAGUGCUCUGAACAACACAAUGAGCAUGAAGAAGGGGCUUAAGUUCGGCUUCUUUAAUGCUGGGCUUGAUGGGACACUCGGCGAUACUUUUCAAAUUGCCGCUGUUACGACGGCGAUGAGCGAUUUUGAAGUGUUUAUGAGUACAAAUGUUGCGAUUGCAGGGAGUGCGAGUGCGGCUGCGAGUUCAGCCUCGGUGGCUGCGGCCGCGACGUCUACUUAA